UUAAAAUAAACAAAUUGUUUAUUCAGUAUGUAUUAUUCAUCGGCUCUCAUUGAACUGGUCAGUAAUACAGACUGAACAAUGCUUACCUAACAUGUCUUUUCUGGCCAGACACCCUUUGCACUUAGGAAUAUCUAAGCGGUGUUUAUGCACUAUGCCUAGGAGACUUUUCAAACAUUUUAAUUGCUUGACAGUUUCAUAUAUUUACAUCAUGAGCUAUAUAUUUCUUUUCACUCCUAUUGCCUGCUAUUCCUCCCCACCCCACCCCCUUCCCCUUCCUUUCCCACUGGAACCCUUCUUAACAAGUUCUGCUCCUUCUUUUGUGUAAUUUUUUGUGUGUGGCUACUACAAUUAAUUAGAGUUUCUAGCCCUUUAUCAUGGAUGGGAGGUUAUUCGCUAUAGCAAGAGCCACUUACCAGUAACUACACUACUGAAUAUCCUCUCUUAACAACUGUUAAUUACCAACAAUCUAUCAGAGAGAUUUGAAGCCUCUCAUGUCCCAUCCAUGAUGAAAUGUUGACAGACCCAAUCUUGUGCCAACAAGCAGAGCUGCAGUGGGCCUAUGUAUGCAACAUCCAUGUCAUGUCAAGAAAACAUCUUUUGUUUCGCAUCUCCCAUCCUCUGGGUCUUUCUUCCUGGCCCUGCUUCUAGAUAUUCCCUGAGCCUUGAAGAGAGUAAUAUAGAGAUGUCCCUUUUAGGACCAAGCACUCUUGGUUCUUAUCUUCAUAUUUUUCAAUUUAUUUAUUCCAUUAUUUUUCAUAUUUAUUCAUUACAAUUCAUUCACUGUGUAUCCCCACUGCAGCCCUCUCAUCUCCUCCCAAUCCCACUCACCCUCCCUUUUCUCCCUUAUGCCCUUUCCCUAGUCCCCUGAUAGGGUAGGACCUCCUCCCCUUCUAUCUGAUCCUAGCUUAUUAGGUCUCAUCAAGGCUGGCUGCAUCAUCUUCCUCAAAACGGCCAACAAAAAUCACCAAAGUAUUUUUUUACCAAAGUAUUUUUUAAUUAAGUAAAUAAGAGCACUAAAUGGUGACACUUGUUAACAACCUAAGAAGUUAAAUAGGACAAUAAAGUUCUCUGUUGAGCAUUAACUGGAAAUGUGUGUCAGGAGAUAGUUUUGCAUUGCUCUUUGCACAUCCACAGAUAAAUGCCACAACAUUCCCAGUAUUGAUUUGGUGAUUACAAAUAAAGCCUAAUUAGAAAGCAGGUGGUCAUCACAAUCAGAAUCUAAGAAUAAAAUAAGUUAUAUCUGCAGGAUCAUAUUUUAAGUUGAUAGACCAACCAUUCUCUUGGUUCUAUUCCUUUUUUUUUUAAUCUUAUUUUCCAUUUGCCUGAAUUAUUAAUUUCAACUUAACUGUUCUGUGUAGAUUUUACCUGUUUUCAAAAAAAAUGUUUCACAACACUUAGGGAAUGAUAAGCUAGUGGGUAGUUUCAUUUUAUCCUUCAAUUAAGAGACAGUGAAGAGUUCAGGACCAACCAAAGGUAAAGUUUGUUGUCAAGCAUUACAGUUCCUUCAGUAGAAGAGGGCCCUCCCAGAGCUAGGGAGGCCAUUGUCUCUAGAGGAGUUUGGGUUUUUAUUUGGGCUCACAAUGUGGAACCUGGUUAUUUUUCUUUCCUCCUGUCUUCAUUGGUCCAUGGGUGUCUAUAGUUCUCUUCUGUAACAGGGAACUUAUAUGGUAGGUGGUCUAAAGGAAAUCUACAAACCAGAUGGGCCCUUUUUUCUUGUGCCUGAUAAGCUAUAUGAGAGAGACUAACUGAAAAAAAAAAAAAAAGGGCAUGUGAACUUAUAAUUCUUACAAGUUCCCUACUGGAAACGAUAAGAUCAUAGUGGAUGUAUAGCCCCCUCUAUAAAGGAUUGGGUCUAUUGAUCUCCAUUUCCACAUAUUCACUGGUUUACCUUCCUACCUUCCAUUUCCUUCCUCUUCAAAGGAAGUGUCAGUGUUAUACCAAAAGAAAGCAUCAUCACAAGCAUAUUCCCAAGUAGAAAUGUGAAUAGACAAAAAUUAAAUGUUUCUCUUCAAGUUUCUAGUUAGGUGCGGAAAUACAUAACUUUGGAGACAAUGUUGGUGCUAAACUGCUCCACCAAAUUACUCACUCUGGAGAAAAUGUUGAAGAGUCACUUUCCUGAAUCACUCAAGGUUUAUGGAGCAGUGAUGAACAUAAACCGUGGGAAUCCCUUUCAAAAGGAAGUAGUAGUGGAUUCAUGGCCAGACUUCAAAGCUGUCAUCACCCGGCGACAGAGAGAGGCUGAGACAGAUAACCUUGACCAUUACACUAAUGCAUAUGCUGUGUUCUACAAAGACGUCAGAGCUUACCAACAGCUACUGAAAGAAAAUGAUGUUAUUAACUGGGACCAAGUUUUUCAAAUACAAGGGCUUCAAAGUGAAAUAUAUGCUAUUUCCAAAGCUGUUGCCAGUUCAAAGCUGUUAGAUUUGGAUAUAAAGCUAACUUCCUUCAAGGCUGUCCAAUUUUCUCCUGUUUCAUCUGUGCCAGACCACAGCUUCCUAACUGGGCCUUCCCCGAGACUGACCUACCUGAGUGUUACAGAUGCUGAUCUACUCAACCGGACUUGGUCACGUGGGGGCAACCAGCAGUGCCUGCACUACAUAGCCAAACUCAUCGCCUGCUUUCCCAGCGUGUGUGUGCGUGAUGAGAAGGGAAACCCAGUGUCCUGGAGUAUCACAGACCAAUUUGCCACUAUGUGCCAUGGCUACACCCUGCCUGACCACCGCAGGAAAGGUUACAGCCGACUGGUGGCCCUCACGCUGGCCAGGAAGUUGCAAAGCCGGGGAUUCCCCUCCCAGGGAAACGUCCUGGAUGACAACACGGCCUCAAUAAACCUCCUGAAGAGUGUCCACGCCGAGUUCUUGCCCUGUCGUUUCCACAGACUUAUUCUCACCCCUGCCGCUUUCUCUAGAUAAACUCACCUUUAGCUCGGAAAACCUCCAAGAAUGUUCUUACUUUGCCAGAAUAUUCACCCUCAUUUAGCUACCAGUGAGGUCCAAAUUAAACCAAGAGAAGCCCGUGUCGUUGAAAAAGAUCUGAAACAGGCAAGCAAGAUCACCCUGAGAACCGAUUUCCACCAUCAAGAACUUUGGGGGCUGGCCUUCCUGUAGCCGUGUCUCAGAAAAGAGGGUGUGUGUCCUCUUACGGAUCUUCCGUUGGGAAAGGUUUUCAAGCACCCCUGUUGUUGGCUUAGUGUUAGAAAGACUUGAGAAUAAAUGAUUUAAACUGGGGUCAUUGCCCUUCCGCUCCAUAGCCUGCAAUUACACCAGCCCCUCCUGCUGUAAAAUCCGCCCGCUCACAGCUGGAUGUCUGAUCCACUUGUCUAAGCUCUCCGUAGGGGACCAGCCAGUUUUCCCUUUCAAUGGCUGGCUGCUGGUGCUGAAAGACUGCGGGAUUAAGCUGUAGUUCUUCCUGGGAGUGUUCUCACAGGUUCCUGCCUACCAGAGUCACCGGAAGGAGAGGUUGCAGCUCGGGUGCCAGCCCCUUCUCCAGAACCCCUGUCUCAGUGAGCACUUCGGAGGGCCUAAGAAAUUGCAUUUCCCAGUUUUUCCCUCUCAUUUGCCUGGACAGCUCUCAUCAGAAGACCAGACCUGACCCAUGAACAGUUCCAGCCACCUGGAUUAUAAUCCACUUUUUAUGAACAUCUGAAAUUUACAUGUGGGUGUAUACAGAUUGUAAAACAUAUUUUCUGUAGGCAAAUGUUUAUAAUUCUAGAAUUUUUAUGUUACACUAAAUUUUAAUCCUUUUAUUAUACAAAGAAAUUUGAGA